AACUCGCCAGCUAGAGCGCCAGUCUGAGGGCCUCCGAGGCAGCGGCACGGCGGGCGCGGCGCGGCGGGAGGGGACAAGAUCAGGGCAGGAGGCAAGCGGUUAAUCGAAAAGAGCCCCGCACAACCAACAAAAUGCUGUCCUGGCGGCUGCAGACGGGCUCCGAAAAGGCCGAGCUUCAGGAGCUCAAUGCUCGCCUUUAUGACUACGUGUGCCGGGUGCGGGAGCUGGAGCGCGAGAACCUGCUGCUGGAGGAGGAGCUGCGCAGCCGGCUGAGCCGCGAGAACCUCUGGAUCGAGGACCAGGCGCGCUUCGCCGAGGAGGCGCGCAGCCUGCGGCAGCAGCUGGACGAACUGAGCUGGUCCACAGCGCUGGCCGAGGAAAACCUUCCAUCUGCAAGAAAUUCAUUAUAUGAAACUAUCUGUACAAGGGUUACAUCUCUUUUUAUGCCCCAUUCUGUUGGUAUCUUUAGUUUACGAAGCUUUCGGGAUGUGGCUCUAAAAGUUAUUUUUUCUCUUCAGAGAGUGAUUGACAGCCUGGAGGAUGAGAAGGAAGCCCUCACCUUGGCCAUGGCUGACCGGCUGCGGGAGUACCAGGAUCUUGUGCAGGUGAAGACUGGCCUCAGCUUGGAGGUGGCCACCUACAGAGCCUUGUUGGAAGGAGAAAGCAAUCCGGAGAUACUGAUCUGGACUAAGAACAUUGAAGACAUGCCACAAGAGUCCAGAAGUGCGACCUAUCACUAUACCAACUCAGUUCUGCAGAGGAAAAAUGAGAAAAAUCUAUUUCCAAAGCAAAAAACACGUUGGGCAGCUGAAAAUCACAGCUCAGCUCUGUAUUCUAAUAGGCCAUGGCACCUAGAAUCACAGACAACCACAGCUGCUGGGAGUACUGCCAGAAGGGGGCUCCUGACUUCUGGGUAUUCUUCCUCAGCUACAACCCUGCAGCAAAAAUCUAUUGAGAAAACUGUCAGCAACCAAGCCAGUCUUAGACCUGUUGCUCCAAUCAGUGGCCUUCUAAGAAACACUGAUGCUCAAGUGAAAACAUUCCCUGAUAGAUCCAAAGUUGGAGGCACCAGGGACACACCCAUACGGCCAGCCACAGAGUCCAUUAUUGCCAGAGAGUCACACAAAGAUCAUCGGGGCAAUGUGGCGGCAGGUGCCACGAACAGCGCUCAGUCCAACGACAGAACUGUCAUUUUGGGAAAGAAAUUAGAAGUGAAAACCACUAGAGAACGAGAAAGGGACAGAUCAGGUGUCAUCAAAUUAAAGCCAGAAGAGAAAAUGUUUGAUUCUAAAGAGAAGGGCUCAGAGGAAAGAAAUCUGAGAUGGGAAGAACUGACCAAGCUAGAUAAAGACUCAAGAACGAGAGAAAGCCAGCAGAGGACAGACGAGCCCAAAGAGAAGAAAUCACCAAAGGAAGGAGGUAUGAAGGAAAGAGAAGUACCCAUCAGUCUAGAAGUAUCCCGGGGCAGCAGAACAGAAGUGUCCACAAGAGGCUUGCAGUCAUCCGGAAGGAAGGAUGCUGGAGACAGUCGGGGAGGAGGGACAGAAACAAAAGAGACCAAGUUUCGGUUGGAUACCCAGGACACUGCCAGCUCCUUGCAAAGUGAUUCUAUGACAGAGACCAUAGCAGACAGCAUCGUCACCACCAUCCUUAAGCAGUUCACCCAGUCUCCAGAUGACGAGGAGAGUGCCAGCUCUUUGCCAGACACGAAGGUCACUUAUGUGGAUAGGAAAGAGCUCCCCGGCAGAGGGAAAAGCAAGACAGAAAUCGUGGUGGAGUCUAAGCUGACAGAAGACGUUGAUGUUUCUGAUGAAGCUGGCCUGGAAUACCUUUUAAGCAAGGAUGUCAAGGAAGUAGGACUAAAGGGCAAGUCAGCUGAGAAGAUGCUAAGUGAGAUGAUCAAUGUUGGUCUGAAGGGAAGGGAGGGCAGAGCCAAAGUCGUAAAUGUGGAGAUCGUGGAAGAGCCCAUGAGCUACACAGGUGGCGGGAAAACAGAGUUUCCUACCCCUUUCCAGGUGGAAGAAGUUGAUGAUGUGUCUCCCAGCCCCAAGGGGUUUGUUGGGGAAGAGGAUGGUGAUGGAGUAACCCAUGCGGCAUUCCCGAUGCAUCAAGAUCAAAGGACCAAGCAGCCCCAGGGGAGCAUCCCUCACGUGGAAGAAGUGAUGGAGGCAGGUGACUCAGAGGGAGAGCAGAGUUACUUUGUGUCUACCCCAGAUGAGCACCCUGGGGGACAUGACAAAGAAGAUGAUGGUUCAGUGUAUGGGCAAAUCCACAUAGAGGAAGAGUCCACCAUCCGGUACUCGUGGCAAGAUGAGAUCGUGCAAGGGCCUUGGAGAAGGAAAACAAGAGGUGACACUGGGGAAGAGAAGCACGUGAAGGUCCUGGAGAUUCCAGCGCCUUCGCUGGGUGGUGCCGUUGGUUCUGCUCACUUGAAGGAAGAAGCUAGUGGUGAAUUGCAUGCAGAACCCACGGUCAUUGAGAAAGAGAUCAAAAUACCGCAUGAAUUCCAUACCUCCAUCAAGGGUGUCUUCUCCAGUGAGCCCCGGCACCAGAUGAUGGAGGUCAUCGGGCAGCUGGAGGAAACCUUGCCUGAGCGCAUGAAGGAGGAGCUGUCUGCUCUGACCAGGCAGGAUCAAGGAGAGCCAGGGAGUGUCUCUGUGGAUGUGAAAAAGGUUCAGAGCUCUGCCAGUGGUUCUGUGACCUUGAUGGCUGAAGUCAACCUCUCCCAGACCGUGGAUGCUGACCAGUUAGACCUGGAGGAGUUGAGCAGGGAUGAAGCUAGGGAAAUAGAGAGGGCUGUGGAGUCGGUGGUGAAAGAGAGCUUGACCAAGCGCUCCAGCCCAAUGUCUAGAAGCCCGGACAGGGGAGAUGGAGAGGAGGAGGUGCCUGCUGGGGGCAUUCGCUUCAAAAGGUGGGCCACCAGGCAACUGUAUAGCCCAUCGGGUGAGAGAGAUGACACUGGCUGGGCGCCUCACAGCUCAGAUCAGCGUGUCACCCAGGGCCCAGUGUCGGCCACCUUGGAAGUCACCAGCCCGACGGGUUUUGCACAGUCUCAUGUGCUGGAAGAUAUAAGCCAGUCUGUAAGACAUGUUAAACUGGGCCCCACUGAGAUGUGGGGGACUGAGCAGGUGUCCUCCGGAGGACCCACCGCACAGGUGGUAGAGGUAAGUGGGGACUUCAGCUCUGAGGGAACCAGCCGCUCUGUGAGGCACAUCACCCUGGGUCCCCAUCAAAGUCAUGUGUCCACCGAAGUCACCCUCCGAGGUUCUGUGCCUACCUGGCGGGAAGCAGGAGACAUAGGAGAGCCUGGCCCAGCAGUACUGUCUGCAGAAGCAGACAUAUCUGGGAACCACAGAGUGCCUGGCUCUGAGCAGUUUCACGCUGAAAAGGAAAUUCGUUUUCUGGGGACAGCCCAGGCUGGUAGUAACUUUGCAGCUGAAGAGGCAGUGGGUACCCAGACUUUUGUUAGGCAUCUCCAGUUAGACCCCAAAGAGGGGUUCAGAGAGGAAAUCCAGUUCAUAGCUCCCAUCCCAGACAAAGUGGAGUGGGGGAUAGAGGAGGACUCUGAGCACACCACGGUGUCUUUAGGCAGGAGUACCUCCAUCCGGCACCAAACCUCCAAGUUAGAAACCCCACAGAUGCGAGAAUUUAGGGACUCAGAAGGCAUGGUCCUUGUGGAGGGCUCAGCCGGUAUGACACAGGCCACUCGAAGUUUCACCUCAGGUAGAGAAAUCAUCAGGAACAAAGAGCACACAUUCCAGAAGGUCAUUUCUGAGUCCCCUCUGGACAAUGUAGGGGAUACAGGAGCAGAGGUGACAGCAGCCAUCAGCAGAUCGUUUAGACACAUUCAGAUAGGCUCUACAGAGAAGGGACCCUCUGAACACACUGUCAUCCAUGGACCUAUGUCUAAGACAUUUGUACUCGAUGGUUCAGUGGCCUCCCCUGAGCUAGGUGGGUUAGCUGGUGACAGUAGCACACUAAGCCACAUUGCACCAGGGCCCAAAGAAACUUCAUUUACUUUUCAGAUGGAUGUGAGUAACACAAGGGCGAUCCGCAGCUGGACCCGAGACGCAGGGUCAGAAGUGGAAGCUCGCAGUGUGUCUGACCAUGGUGGCUGGAGAACUGCUCACAAUAGGAAUGAGCAGGUAGUCAGCAUGAGCUCUCAGGCCUCCACUGGGGAUGGACACCAGACCCGUGGAGAGAGAGGCACGGAGCAGGCUGGAUUUGACAAGACCGUGCCGCUGCAGAGAAUGGUAGACCAGAGGUCGGUGACUGCAGACGAGAAGAAAGUGGCUCUUGUCUAUCUAGACAAUGAGGAGGAGGAGGAGGGCGAUGGAUGGUUUUGAUGAGCGGAGCUGUCUUGUCUUAAAUGGCACUUUGGAAACAUAUCAAUAUGCAAAGCCUUUAACAUACCAAUAUACAAAGCCUCUACUAAUCGUAUGGAGGAGGGGGAGGCUGGUUAUCAAUACCUUUAUUUAGAGAACCCUAGGCAGAGCCAGUUUGCUUUAGAAUUCACUUGUAAAGGUUUUUAAUUGGCUCUGGCCUUUUAAGGCUUUGAGAUUUUGCAUUUGAGUUAGGACUUUUGCAGACACUUCAUCUUUUUAGUCCUUUCUCUAAAGCUUUCUCUCCACAUGUGGAGAGAGUUUGUACGAGUUUUGCACCAGGUCACAGGCGUGGCUUACUGCUAUUCUACUAUUUAUCUAUAAGCAAGACACCUUAAUAUUAACAUUAACCAGAUUAAAAAUAACAUACUUAAGGGUAGGUUUUGUUUGCAUGUGCUAACAUCAAACGGUAAACUAACACUGGAAAGGAAAAUACAUGAUGUUUCUCUUUCCUAAGUCUUUUCAAAAAGAAAUUAUAGAUGCACUGGAGAGAUGA